AUGACGAGUAUAAGUCCAUGUGUGAAUGCUACGUCACCGGCGGGAGCUGCUUUCACUGCUUUAAUAUCUUACUUAUCGACCCUUCAAUGUCUCAUCACGGAGCCAUGGCCGGAAGAUCACAGGCAUCGCGUAAAAGACGGCGAUCAAUUCGAUUUCAUCAUUAUUGGUUCUGGGACAGCGGGAUCAAUCUUAGCGAAUCGUCUGACAAAAGCUGAUGAUUGGAAGGUUCUACUCAUUGAGGCCGGCGAUGAUCCGCCUUUGGAGAGUAUCAUUCCCAAUUUCUCCGGAGCGACACAUAGAAGUGACCAGGUGUGGCAAUAUUAUACAGAGAGAGAUGAAAUGGUGAAUAGGGGCUGCGGUGAAGAACGGUCGUUCUGGCCUCGUGGGAAGAUGUUGGGUGGUACGGGCUCCAUCAAUGGGAUGCUCCACAUGACUGGCAGCCCCGGGGACUAUGAACCAUGGAACGUCGAUGACGGUUGGGACUAUCACACCAUAAAGAAAUACUUUAGGAAGAGUGAAAAAAUUAUCGAUCCCUAUAUUCUCAAUAAUCCAGAACUUCUAAAUAAUCACGGCACGGAUGGCGAGUUUGUAGUUGAUCAGUUGAAUUUCACGCAUACCGAUAUAGCUGAUAAACUGACCGAGGCUUAUUUGGAAAUGGGUCUGGAUUACUUGGAUGACUUAAAUGGACCAACUCAGAUGGGUGUAGGUAAGAUAAGGGGCGGGCAUCACAAAGGGAAAAGAGUGAGCACUGCAACUGCUUUUUUAAACACAAUCAAAGAACGUAAAAAUUUAUACAUUCUCAAAAAUACAUUCGCUACCAAAAUUCUUUUCGAAGACACUAAAGCUAUUGGAGUAAAGGUUUCUUUGCCAGACAAGAAAACAGCACAGUAUUAUACAACAAAAGAGAUAAUUGUGAGUGCUGGAACAAUAAACACUCCAGUUUUACUUAUGUCGUCUGGUGUAGGACCAAAAGAACAUUUGGAGAGUUUGAAUAUCGAAGUUAAUUCUGACUUACCAGUCGGCAGAAAUCUGCAGGAUCAUGUGAGAAUUCCAAUACCAGUCACAAUUAAUACUGGAGCGAAGGAAAAACCUCAAGAUUACUGGCAUAAAGCUACACUGCAAUACUUACUCGAUCAGUCAGGUCCACACUCAACUAAUUAUGACCAACCUAAUAUUAAUGCUUUUCUAUCAGUUACGGAUCAUAAACAACUCCCGGACAUACAAAUCGAUCAUAAUUAUUUUGUUCCAAAUACUUCCUACGUAUACUCUAUGUGUAAAAAUGUCCUGAAUUACAAGGAUGAAAUUUGCGAACAAUUUGCCAAAAUGAACGCUGAGAGUGAAAUGAUAAUAUUUUUUGUAUCUCUAUGCCGACCAUUUUCAAAGGGUAACAUUUUAUUGCGUUCAAACAAUCCUUUCGACCAUCCACGAAUAUACCCAAAAUAUUUUAGUGAUCGACGAGAUAUGGAUACAUUCAUAAAGGGCUUAAAAAAAGUUACGGAAAUUGUGAACACGGAAGCAUUAAGAAACGCAGACGCGAAGGUCAAAAGAAUCUAUUAUAAAGACUGUGAUGAUUUUAAAUUUAAAUCUGAUGAUUAUUGGGAGUGUAUGGCGAGGACUUUAACGUACAAUGUAUAUCAUCCUGUGGGUACUUCGAAGAUGGGCAAGCCUGGAGAUCAUACCAGUGUAGUGGACAGCAGGUUGAGGGUGUUAGGAGUGAAAAACUUGAGAGUGGUCGACGCUAGUAUAAUGCCAACUAUAACUAGCGUUAAUACUAACGCUCCGACCAUGAUGAUCGCGGAGAGGGCGUCUGCAUUCAUAAAACUGGAAUAUAAAAGCAAAUAUGCGAAUGACGAGCUAUAA